ACUGCAAGCUCAGGGUUUUAGCUCCUAUUUCCCUCUUGAGAAAUGUACUUUGUGUAACGUUUUUUCUGCCAAAUCCCAGGGUAGGAGCUGCAGUGGAUGCAGAGACCUGCCUGCCACCUGCCUGUCCCCGUGUCCCAGCAGCCUGCAGCCCUCGUGGGAGUCCAUCAGAGGUGGAGAGCUGAGGCUGUGCCCCCUCUUGAGGUCCAGGAAUUCUCCUCUGCUUGUUUCCAAAGCCACCGCACUCCCAGCUCCUCCCAGACCAUCCAGCAGCAGAAAACCUCCACCAAGGACCCUGCUUGCUGUGACACUCUCUUGCAGUCGAUCUGCCAGAACUGAACUUCCCACCUUCAGCCUCAUCCCAGGUUUUCCACUUGCCAAAGCGUUGCUUCAGCUGGGGUUAAAAGAGCUCAGCCUGCACGAGGCAAUCCGGGGCAAAGCUUUGGCACGUCCUUUCCCCGGAUCGUGCUGCCGGAUCCGCCCGCUCUGCCCGCCCCAGCCCCCGAUGCUGUCGGGCAUGAGCGCCUGCAGCAGGAGGGCGCUGACCCUGCUCAGCAGCGUGUUCGCCGUCUGCGGCCUCGGCCUGCUGGGCAUCUCUGUCAGCACCGACUACUGGCUCUACCUGGAGGAGGGCAUCGUCCAGCCCCAGAACCAGACGGCCGAGAUCAAGCUGUCGCUGCACUCGGGGCUCUGGAGGGUCUGCUUUCUGGCAGGCGAAGAGCGUGGCCGGUGCUUCACCAUCGAAUACGUCAUGCCCAUGAACAUCCAGCUGACGUCUGAGUCCACAGUCAACGUCCUGAAGAUGAUCCGCUCUGCCACCCCAUUCCCUCUGGUCAGCCUCUUCUUCAUGUUCAUCGGCUUCAUCCUGAGCAACAUCGGCCACAUUCGGCCCCACAGGACCAUCCUCGCCUUCGUCUCGGGGAUUUUCUUCAUCCUGUCAGGUCUGUCCCUGGUGGUGGGGCUGGUCCUCUACAUCUCCAGCAUUAACGACGAGAUGCUCAACAGGACCAAGGACUCGGAAACGUUCUUCAAUUACAAAUACGGGUGGUCGUUUGCCUUCUCUGCCAUCUCCUUCCUUCUCACAGAGAGCGCCGGGGUGAUGUCCGUGUACCUGUUCAUGAAGCGCUACACGGCCGAGGACAUCUACCGGCCCCACCCCGGCUUCUACCGGCCCCGCCUGAGCAACUGCUCCGACUACUCGGGGCAGUUCCUGCACCCGGACGCGUGGGCGCGGGGCCGGAGCCCCUCGGACAUCUCCAGCGAGGCGUCCCUGCAGAUGAACAGUAACUACCCGGCCCUGCUCAAGUGCCCCGACUACGACCAGAUGUCCUCGUCCCCGUGCUGAGCCCCGACGUCCCGUCCCGCUCCCGCUCCCGACGGUCGACGCGCCCCGACUCCCGUCUGUCAUUUUUUUUUAGGCCACUCUUUGAGGCCACUUCUCUAUUUAUAGGACCGUGAAUAUAACCAGGGAGAUGGGUUAUAUAACCAGUAGUGUAACCUAGAGAAUUGGGAUGUUUUCCUUUCUUUGUUUGUUUUUUUUUUUGGGGGGGGGUUGUUUUGUUUCUCCCCGCGUAACUAAAGAUCUCUCCAAAGUCCUCUUCUCUCAGCUCGUCCCGCUGAGCAAACAGCAGUUCUGCCUGGGGGGAUAAAUCCAGGGCUGGACUCGAGAGCAGGAGAAAGAAAAUAGAGUAGAACUAAGGAAAAAAAAGUGUAUUUUUUUGGUGUAGGUAAGUAGGCUGCAAAAGUUUGUGCAUUUGACUGCAUCAUUUAAUUAUAUAUUUACUGGCCUAAGUGCCAGCAGGCGUAAAAGAUCUGUGUAACUUUCCAAGAAAUAACCAGCAUUAGAAAAAUAGAAAUUUUGUCUUGAUUGAUUCUAUAUUUACUGAUUGAUAUCUCUCAGUGCCGGAUAUCAAUUCCAACCAGGCUGUAAUGGGAAAUAGCCAUCAUUCUGGACAAUACCUCAGCAGGCUUGGACACAAGCAGGUUGUUCCUCUAUGGCUACUUGCAAACUGUUGCUUAAAUAUCCCCUGUUAGACUGGAGGCACCCUGGUGGGGUGGCUCCAGCACCCAAAUUUCCUCUGCCAUCCCAUAGACAGGAGGUCUGAAGAGCAAAUGGGAGAAUUUCAGUGCAGCGUCGACUGGGAAACAACCUCAACCCUUCCCAUGGGAAACAUUAGAUGCAGGAUUUAGUGAGAGUUAUGGCCAGAAGUUCUUCCAGUGAAAGGCAAGAUCCCAAAACAGUGCAAAGUGAUGGAGCUGAGACUUAUGGCACAAGUCCAGUGCAGCAAAGUAGUUGGCUUAUAUUUCAUUUUGGCAAGAAAAUGGUACUUUAGCUGCUUUUUGUGCGUGUGUAUGAAACUUACUCUGAGGUUUUCAGUUUCGAAAUUUCUUCUGAUGCUUUGGCAUUUUGGCCUCAGCCAGCUGCCAGGGGAGAGCAUCACCCUGAUGGAAAACAGGGCAGGGGAGGAGCAGGCUGUGCUCCCUUGGGCUCCCCUGUGCGAGUCCCAUCUCAUCACCGUGCAAGAGAAAGAGCUUUGUCCAGACUUUAUUUCUGUUCUUGUUAUUUUCAACCUCUCUGAAAAUUUUGUUUCUGCAGAACAAAACUGUCCGAAGAUUCUUGGUCUAUUUGAGCUUGUUUUGUCUUACUGUGAUUAAAAGAAAUAGAAUAUACACACUUUUAAUCUCAUUUGUAGCACGCUGGGGAAUGAAUGUUGCACCUUGUUGUUAUUAUUUAAUAUUAAUAUUAAUAUUUAUUAUUUUGAUAUUUAUUAAUAUUUAUUAUUUUAAUAUUUAUUAUUUAUUAUUUAUAAGCUCCACCAAAGUAGAGUCUAAGUCCAGGUGCAGCACCACUCUUUGCAUGGAUUCCAAUGCCCAUUCCACAGGACUUCACUGCAACUUUAUUUCCAGCCAGUUCUUGAACAGGAUUAUUCCUCUCCAGUUCCUUCAGAUAAGCAAGUAACGUAUAUCUAGUGUAUAUCUAAUGUCUCUGACUCCUGAUUUGCUAAGCUUUAAAACCAGGGUAUCAUUUUGUAGACACAGUUCUAUUUACCCUCAGUUUUUUUAUUACCCAUGAGCAUUUAUGUUCUCACUUAAGCACCAGUUUGGAAGUGCUACAUGACAGGUUUGCUGCUGCUUCAAGCAUUAAAGCACAAUCCAGCCCCAUCAUCCAGCAGCAAAGUUGGUUGGUCCUCAGCCAGAUAAACCACCAGUUUUCCAUCAGGAUCUCCAUGUUCAGUGUGAAUUUUGCUCCAAGAAAACACUGGAGUUCACAAGCAAUGAUUUUGCAUUUCCUAGAGCCUGAUCUAGUUUGCUGGGCUUGACACUGGUGUUUUCUGGUGGCUCAGAGGCAGUUACCUUUGCAUCUUACCCUUGGUGGAUCUUAUAUUCUCAGUCCUUCUUGUAAGGGAGAUCUUCAGGAUCCUCAAAGUCGCUGAUGCUCAGAGGGACAAGGGCUGUCCCACUGUUCCCUCACACUGGGGAGUCAUUUCUGGGGUUAAUCAGGAGGUGUCCCUGUCCCCAAGUGGAAUUUUCUUUGGUACUGAUUAAAUACAGAAUUACUCAUUUUAUAAAUGAAAAUGAUUGCCUACAUAAGCAGAAAAAAAAAUUUAAAAACCCUUCAUGCCUUCCUCAAGGCCCCAGAAGGUUUAUCAGAGUCUAGGGGCGAAUUAGAAAAGUAAUUAUUUUCAUUCAUUGGAGAGAUUACAUUUGUGAGCCUGGGAGUUCACACAUUCACCCAGUGAGCACAAAUAAGUGCAGGACUGCCAAAAGGAAUCUGUCAAAGUAAGUGUUUGCUGUUGGUCCAAUAAGUGCUGGGUUUUGGUAGGAUAACGUGGUGUUUAGUAAAGCACAGGCAGCAGUGGUUGUGCCUCCAGGUGCUGUUCCAUCCCUCCAGAAGUGUGGCAGCAGCUCUCACUGUGGAUGGCUCAGCCCCCUUCCCUCCUUCAGUCCCUCUCCCACCCAUUGCAGCCUCUCCCUGUGCUCCCUCCCUGCCUGUUGCUUUGAUUGCAAUAAAUGAAAAGUGGAGUUUUGAGGAUAAGCAACCAAUUAAAUUCGAGGUUUUACACCCUAGGACUGAAGUCCUUAAAUUCUCCCGGUGGGAUGAGCCAGGCUGCUCCCAGCCCCGUGGGAAGGUGACUGCUUGUCUGACACUGCACAGGGAACGGUUUGCACUUGGAAGCAAAAAAAAGCCUUGCUUUGCAUGAA